AUGACCUCAACAAAUCCCAGGGCUGGCUGGGAGAGGAUCGACAACCAAUUCUAUCGCAAGAUCCGACUUUACGAACAAGUCUUCGAUCCCGAUCUCGAGCUUGAGAACUACCUUGUAGCUGGCGCUCCUUACUCCGGCGCAUUGGCACUAUGGCGGAACGAGUCCAAAAUCUCUCGUUAUAGAGUCGGUGGCAGUGCGAAGCCGACCAUCGAUAUCUACUCGUCUUCUGGAAAAUUGAUCAGCAACAUUAGCUGGGAUAAGGGCUCGAUUCGAGGUCUUGGCUGGUCGGACGAUGAGCAGCUCCUGGUCAUCACCGAGGAUGGCACUGUGAGAUGCUACUUCGGCUUACAUGAAGACUUCACGCCCUUCUCACUGGGUCUGGAGGCGGAGGAGCACGGUGUCGCGUCUUGCCGCUUUUGGUCGCAUGGGUUCGUCGCUCUGUUAUCAAACAAUACCCUGGUGGCGGUUUCAUCCUUCCGCGAACCUCAUUCCGUACAGCAACUUGCCGCCGUCCCAGACGGGAAGGUAUAUGCCUGGUCACUUAUCCCUCCCGCGUACACACUGUCACGAUCGGUUGAGGUUCUCCUUGCCAUCGACAAGACCAUUUUUGUGGUAGAUGCUACCGAAGCCGAAGAUCGAGGCUUGUCGGAUGGCCCGUUCAGUCACGUGUCUGUCUCACCAAAUGGACGGUUUGCUGCUCUGUACACAGAAGAUGGCAAGGUAUGGGUCGUCGGUAGCGACUUCCAGAACAAAUACAGCGAGUACGAUUCCAAGGUCAAAACGCCGCCUGCCAGGCUUUACUGGUGUGGCAACGACUCCGUCAUCUUGGCGUGGGAGGACGAGAUACACAUGGUCGGUCCUAAUGGCGCUGCGGCAAAAUAUUUCUAUGAUGGCCAGGUCCAUGUUGUUCCCGAUAUCGACGGUAUACGAUUGAUUACGAAUGACAGCUGUGAGUUCGUGCACAAGGUACCGGAUGCCUCAGAGGAGGUUUUCAAAGUCGGUUCCACCACUCCGCCAUCGGUUCUCCUAGACUCGAUAGACCUCCUCGAACAGAAAUCACCGAAGGCAGAUGAGAACAUUCAGCGCAUCAAGUCGAGCCUUCCUGAUGCCGUUGAGACAUGCAUCAGAGCGGCCGGGCAAGAAUACGACCAGGCCUUGCAAAAGCAACUCUUGCGCGCCGCGUCGUUCGGCAAAUCAGUGCUUGAUCUCUACAGUAGCGAUGAAUUCGUGGACAUGAUUAACGACCUUCGAGUCCUCAACGCAGUGCGUGACUACCGCAUCGGCCUGCCGCUGUCGUACGAGCAGUACCUGAGACUUGGACCGGAAAGACUCAUAACGAGACUCAUCAAUCGCCGAGAGUAUCUGCUCGCAAUCAAAUUGUCGGAGUUUCUCAACCUGUCGGUCACCAAGAUCUACGUGCACUGGGCGAGCCAGAAGGUCAAAAGCUCGUCUGCCGAUGAUGAUUCCAUUCAUGAAGUUAUCACCGAGCGCCUGAGGGGCAAACACGGCGUGUCAUUUGAAGCAAUCGCACGCACAGCCUACGAUGAGGGUCGUGGUCACCUUGCCACCUCGCUAUUGAACCAUGAGCCUCGAUCGGGCAAGCAGGUACCGCUCCUACUCAGCAUGGAAGAAGACGACAUAGCGCUCAACAAGGCCAUCGAGUCCGGAGACACUGAUCUUAUAUUCUUCGUCCUGCUACACUUACGGAAAAAGCUCCACCAUGCAGCUUUCUUCCGAAGCCUGUCUGAGAAACCAUUGGCUGGUGCACUGGUCGAGAGUUCGGCACGGUCGCAAGAUACCGAGCUUCUCAAGGACCUCUAUUACCAAGACGACCGUCCAAUCGAUGGCUCCAACCUCCUCCUCGAGGAAGCCACGCGCCAGCCGGCAGUCCAAGCCGUAAUCGAUAAGCUCAAACUGGCUGCUCGGGUUCUGGCAGAUGCGAAGGAUCCUGCGGCUGUACUCCAGACUCGAGCCCUGACCGAGGCAACUCAGCUGCUCAAGAUGCAGGAAGCGUUCGACAAAGAUGUCGCGGACAACACAGGCAGCUACGUCGGCCUGAGCGUCAACGAAACGAUGUUCCGCCUCAUCAGAUCGGGAUACAGCAAGCGCGCCGCUAAGAUGCAGAGCGACUUCAAGGUACCAGACAAGACGUGGUGGUGGGUUCGCUUGCGCGCACUCGUGGCUGCAAGGCUGUGGGGAGAGCUCGAGGAGGUUGGUAAGGUGAAAAAGAGCCCAAUUGGCUGGGAGCCGUUCUAUAACGAGGUACUGGGCGCCGGGAACACGCGUCUUGCGUCGACUUUCAUCCCGAAGUGCACUAAUGUCCCACCUGCAGAGCGGAUCGAGAUGUGGGUCAAGUGCGGCAUGGUCGUGAAAGCAGGCGAGGAGGCGGUCAAAGCGAAAGACUUGAAUGCUCUCGAAUUGCUGAGAACGAAGGCAUCGGGCGCGCAGCUAGGAGAGAUUGAGAGGAUGAUCAACCAGUUGCAGCCGAGAAGGUAG